GCUUCGAUCGCAAUUCUAUUUCUCCGUAGCAGUUUCUCGUUUUCGGUUUCUCUCUAGUCAUCUUCCACAAUUUUCAUUGACUUCCAUUCCGACGACUUUCAGAAUCACCGGCGGAGCAGUCAGAGUUAGGGAAAUGUCGAAGAACGACGAGCCGGUCGUCGGAAUUCCAUUAUAUGCCGGCGACAACGCGUAUCAGGCCGGACAGAUCCCUUCCAACGCCAUUUAUGGCGAUCCUCAGGGGGUUCCUAUCCAGCAAACCAUGUUCCGCGACACUCCUGCUCCUUUCUACUGUCUUUAUUGUGGAAAUUCCGGACUCACCUCCGUCAGAUCCAAGAUAAGCUCUGCUGCUGUCGUCGGUUGUAUGGUACCAUUUAUGUUGGGAGUAUGCUUUCUUUUUCCUUCAAUGAACUGCCUUUGGCAUAAGUAUCACUAUUGCCCCAACUGCAAGGAAAAGGUUGGUGAUUUUGAGAAAUUGGAUAGGUGUGCUGUGAUGGAUCCUCCACACUGGACACAGCCAAGCUUUGCGUUGCCUGCUUGAUUUUGAUGCAUUGUCUGCAGUCAGUCAGUAUUUGCUUUGCUUUCGUGCCAUUUUUGAGAUGUUCUUAUUACACUAAGGGAUAGGGAAAGAUUGGAUAUCGGUGCAUAUGUAUAAUUGUGAUAAAUACAUGCUUCUUAUAUCAUACAGCUUGUACAUACCUUGUUCUCACAUUGGCAUUACUAUUUCUAUACCAUACUGCUAGCCUUUUUCGGUCAAAUCAUUUCACAGAAAAACAAUAUACCUUUGUCAAAUUACUUUCC